UGAAAAAAAAAAGUAAUAAUUUGUUAUAUUGGACAAAGUGACAAGUGUUAUUAUUUAUUAACACAAAAAGUAUAUUUGUGUCUGCAUUUUAUAGUAAAAAAAAUCGGGGAUGGUGAGAGGUGAAGCCCAAAAAAUACAUUGAAAUCCGUGAACCAACCUUCCUCAUAAUGUACAGACCAAAUUAUAACCAUUUUUCAAAUAAUCAACAAAAUAAUCCUAAUCCAAGAUUAGAUCCACAGUGGAAUAGAAACAGUACCCGUGACCACUAUUCACCUAGGAGAUUUAACAAUCAUCCAUUUUCACAACCUUAUGGUAUCAAUCAAGGAUUUCAGACUCACAGUAAUGAAUACUGGUGCGAAACUUGUGACAGAGGAUUCGCUGGACAAAUUCUACUUGAGAAUCAUAAAAAACAACAUCAGAAAUGUAAUAUUGAUGGCUGCCAAUUUAUUGCUCAUCCAAAAGUUAUUACUAAACAUAUACAAAUGCAACAUUCAACUGGCCUGUAUAAAAAGAUUGCAAAGUUAAACAACCCAGAGGAAAUUGAAAAAUGGAGAGAAGAAAGAAGAAAAAAAUAUCCAACAAAAAGUAACAUAGAUAAAAAAAAGUUGGAACUACAGGAAAAAAUUGAAAGAGGAGAAAAAAUGGGUUUAAAAGCUGUAAAUACUCAGGAUGGACACAAAAAGAGACAUCGAUUUGGCGAUAAAUAUCCCAGAAAAGAAAAUAAAAUUAUAAAAAGAACAAUUCCUUCAUAUACUAAAAAACCAAUAGUGCCCAAAAAGUUAGUAAAAUAUGAAACAGAUCAUGAUGUAAAACACCUUAAGCCAUUUGCUGGUGUACAACAGUUAAUUGAAGACACAUCAGAAAGUGAGCAUUCAUCACCAGAAACCUCAAAAGAUCUUAUAGAUGAUGAUGAGUUUGUAGACAAUCCAAACAUUAUUUCAGAAUCUAAACCAGUGGUGUGCGGGGCUCUUAUAUCUUUAUUGAAAGAUUAUGGUUCAUCAGAUGAUGAAGAUCUAAAUAGCUCUAAGACUAUACAUUCCCAAAAAGAUUGCAGUACAUUAGACAACACAAAAGAAAAUCAAAUAGUUAAAAACAAUGAAUAUAUGAUUGACAAUAAGAUGAAAACUCAAGUAAUUGAAAAACAGCAGCUAGAUGUAAAAAUUAAACUGGAAGAUGAAGAUAGUGGUCCAGAAGAAAUAAAGGUUAUUAAAGAAGUCCCAGCUCCUACCUUAUUGAAUUCUAUGACACAAACAAAACCACAACCCAAAUUUAAAAAAGAAGACAAGGUCAAAAUGCCUCAAAAUAGUUUUAAACGAAAACUACCUUCUACUUUACUUGAAAAGCUUUUGAGCAGUGAAAUACGACAAGAAAGAAACAUUGUUCUUCAGUGUAUAAAAUAUAUAAUUAAGAAUAAUUAUUUUGAUAAAGAUAAUAAGUAACUAACAGGUGACUCACAAACAUUGAAGAAUUUAAUAAAGGGAAGAUGUUUAGUGAUCUUUAGAAAAUAAUAAUUAACAAUAACCACUCUAAAUAAGUUUAUCCAUAAUAUAUUUUGAGUUUACUGAGUAAUUUAAAAAAAGUUAACUCCCAAAGUUAAUAAAGUAUAAACAAACAUGGUCACAUGUUUGUUUAUACUUUGGUUGAUUUUUUAUGUUCUCUUUUUCAAGUUUUACAAAUAUAUUUCAAUGUUAAAUAUUAUAAAUUUGUUUUGACGUAUAAUUCUUUCUUUACUAUACCUUACAUCAAAUGUGAAAGUCAGUUUUUAACGAAUAUGUGGUGGCCAUGAAGUCGUAGAUCAAACGCAACGAGGGGUUAGAUGGGGUCAUGCAAAAAAAUGUUCUAUGGGUGGUCUUUCAGUUCAACCCCCGCAUAGUCAUAACAUUGCGUUUGACCACGACUUCAUGGCCAUCCUGUUACCUGUACAUGAAAAAACAUAUUUUUCGUUUUUUCAGUGUGUUUUAAUACUUAAACCACAGUCGCCGCAGAUCACGAGUAUGCCAAAUAAAAUACUUUAAAGGUUCAAAGUUUUUUUUUUUAAAGUCGAAUAUAGCCCGAACCGUUAGAUACUACCAGGUGUGUAUUGCCGUUAAAAUCGGAGAACGUUAACUAUACCACUCAAAAAUAUAACUUUUGAUGAAAAUGAGUGUAGAAAGUCCCCGAUAUUACUCCGUUCUUUUUCUGUUUUGCUGAUCAUUUUUUUUUCCUGCUUAACCAAAAAUUUCUGGUAAUUUUAUUUCAUUGUGUGCUUGUUUUAUCUUGUACUUAUAGGUAUGUUUUAAUUACUUACCCGCUCUA